AUGCCCCAAGUCCAACCAACCCGCCUUCCCCACUCGCGCUCGACGCAGUCCCUCCGGCCCUCGGCAAACGGUACGCCCGCAACCCCGGGCCAUCAGCGCAAGCCCUCACUCACGCGGCCGCCUGGUACUGGCCUGCGACCCAAACCGAUUCCGCUCUCAAGUCACCAUCCCUCAGGCUCUUGCGCCUCCUCCAUCUCGACCCGUUCCGCCAUCCCUUCCCUUGGCCGCUUGCGUCCAGCUCCCCGGCCCCCAACAAGCUCAAGCAACUCUUCCCUCUCUACCACCAAAGAGGUACCGGCCAUUCGCCCAGUGCGGAGCCUGACAACACUCCGCCAGGCCGCCAAGGUUGAGAAGGGCAAGACACCUGCGCCGCUCACUGCCGCGCAUACGGGCCCGGCACCGCGCCCAAGGCCAGUCGUCGGGGCGCGUAGCCGGCCGCGGGCUACGACGCUGGUUGAGAACCCCGAGACACCACCUCGCAGCCAGAAGGCGCCGGGAAAGGUGCCGGACAGGCUCGUGCCCAACAAGACGGGAGAACGGGUGAAGCGUACGCCGUCGGCCCGGUCGCCGGUGUUGAGCGGGGCAAGGCGCGUACCCGCCGCACGCGGUGAGUCCACAGAGUCGCUCGCGCAGCCGUCCCCCCCGCCCAAGACCACGACCACGCGCUCGCUCAUGCGCCGCCCCCUCUCGCUCGCCGAUAGAGUGUUUGGCGGCGGAUCGGCGCUCAAGAUCGCCGCGAAGGAGAAGGAAAAGCCGGCGCCUUCACCUUUCCCCUCGCCCUUAGCGAGACUGAGCCAGCGCGACCUGCGCACCAGCCUGCGCGCCAACUCCAACACCUCACCCGCGGCACCCAAGUCUCCCCCACCCAAAUCAGCCUCCCCUACUGCAGUCAAGUUCUCGCCGGCUGGUAAGAACCCGAACCUGUCUGAAGACAAGAGCUUCAAGCUCCCCUUAGGGAAGCGCACGCCUGCGCAACGCCGCAUCGCCUCCACCCCCGUGCGCACGCCGGCACACUCCCGCCGCGCGCUGCCCGAAACGCCAGCACUGAGUACCUUCCUCCGGGAUCAGAGUACGCGGAUCGGCCAGAUUGGGGAGGAGGAUAUUUCGCUCGCCUCAAGCACGAGUUUCCGCUGCCUCACACCACCGGGACACGGGAGCACAGAUUUAGAGUUCGUGUCCGCCAUCGCCGGGCCACCCGCGACACGCGCGCGCCGUCCGCUGCGCUCUCCCCUCUCCCCGACGUCACCGUUAAGUCCGCGUCGUACUGCGCGGCCGAUUGCCACGUCGACAGAGUUACGCGCAGAGUUGGCGCGGGUCAAGAACGAGCGCGUCGUGCUCGAGACGCGCGUUGCUGCGGCCGAGGCUGAGGUCGGACGCCUAACGGGUCUCGCGGAGGCGGCUUUGCGUGACCGCCAGCGUGCGCUCGACCGCGCCGAGAACGCUGAGGUCGCGCGCGAAGCCGCGUUAUGGGACGCCGUCGUGCAGGCCGCCGAUGAGGCGAUUGAGGAGGAACGCGCGCUCCUGGUCGCCAUUGCUGCUGCGCGCGCCAUUGUCAUGGCGAUGUAG